GGUAUAUUUAGCGUUUUCGUUUACUAUUAAGCGAUUCGGGGUUUUUUCUGCAGUAAAUGUCAACUUUUAGAUAUGAGAGAAAUGCGUAAUCUAGUCGAGCGAGUGAUCUAGAGGAAUUGUUGUCGAACCUGCUUGUAUUAUCUGCAAAAUGGAACAAAGAAGAUACGCUCAGUGGCUGAUGGAGCACACGAAAGUUAUUCUCUUGACUGCACUGCUUGUGUUUGGUGCGAUGGCACGAGCGCAAAUUCAGUACUCCAUCUCCGAGGAACAGAAGGACGGAGCUGCUGUGGGAAAUAUCGCGAAGGAUUUGGGCAUAGAUCAUAAAAGUUUAAAAGAGCGAGGAUUUCGCAUUGCCUCAACCUCAGGCGAGUCUAUGUUCAGUGUGAAUCAGAAUGACGGUGUCUUGUAUGUGAACGGUAAAAUAGACAGAGAAGAGGUGUGCGAGAGGAGCACCCCGUGUUUAAUUAAUCUAAAAUUCGCUCUAGAAAACCCACUUGAAAUUCAUUAUGUAAUUGUUGAGAUUUUGGAUGUAAACGACCACGCUCCGAGUUUUCCUGAAAGCCAGAUGGAUUUAGAGAUCGGAGAAUCUGCCCUUCCCGGUGCGAGAUUUCAACUUCAGGCAGCGCGUGAUUCUGAUAGUGGCAGUAAUUCUGUGCAUCAGUACAAACUUGGUCAUAACGAUAAUUUCCGCCUUGAAGUCAAAGAUCGUGGAGAAGACGGUAAAAUUCCUGUCCUGAUUUUACAAAAGCAUUUAGACCGAGAGUUAACCCGAACCAUUAACUUGCACAUAACAGCUCUUGAUGGAGGAAAGCCUGCCAAAUCAGGGACAAUGGAUAUAACUAUUAACGUGAUUGAUAUAAAUGAUAACGUCCCCGUUUUUACCAAAGAUAUUUAUUCGGUCAUGCUGAAUGAAAAUGCACCUAUAGGUACACCUGUGAUACAGGUUAACGCUACAGAUUGUGACGAAGGCUCAAAUGGUGAGGUUGUUUAUUCAUUUGGUAAAAAUGUUAACAGUAAAGUACGAAAGCUUUUUGAUAUCAACACCAUCACUGGUGAAAUAACUGUAGAAGGGCUCUUGGAUUAUGAGGACAAGGACAGCUAUGAGAUUGACAUACAAGCAUCUGACAAAGGAACUGUUCCCCACAGAACAGAUAAGAGUAUAAUGAUAAAACUUAUUGACAUAAAUGACAAUGAACCAGAAAUAGAGGUCACAUCAUUUUCAAGUGCAAUUCCAGAGGAUUCUAGACCUGGUACUACAGUGGCUUUGUUAAGUGUCACAGAUUUAGACUCUGGGCUCAAUGGCAAAAUCUCUUGUUUUUUAGAAGAUAACAUGCCUUUCAAACUAAUACCUUCUUCACAACAUAGCACAUAUUCAUUAGUUACCAUGUCACCUUUAGACAGGGAAACACAAUUUCAGUAUGACAUCACAUUAGUUGCAAAAGAUAUGGGACAGCCAUCAUUGUCUUCUGUUAAAACUGUAACUGUUCUGAUAUCAGAUAUAAAUGACAAUAGUCCGGAAUUCUCAUUUUCUCCUUAUGCUUUUUAUGUGAUGGAAAACAAUGUCCCAGGCAAAUUUUUAUUUUCUGUGUCUGCUACUGACAAAGACUCUAAUGAAAAUGCUAUAGUUAGCUAUCACAUAUGGAGAGAAAGUACUGAGGAAAACAAAUAUACAUCCUUCAUUAAUAUUAAUUCUGAAAAUGGGGAGAUUUUUGCGCUUAAGAGCUUUGAUUUUGAAAUUGUUAAAACGUUCCAGUUCCAUGUUGUUGCUACAGACUCUGGAACUCCGUCUCUGAGCAGUAACGUGACAGUGAACGUGUUUAUUCUGGAUCAGAACGACAACGUUCCAGUGAUCUUAUAUCCAGUCAGCGCUAACGGUUCUGCUGAGGGUGUGGAAGAGAUUCCCCGUAAUGUGAACGCAGGUCAUUUGGUGACUAAAGUCAGAGCCUAUGACGCAGAUAUAGGAUACAACGGCUGGUUAUUAUUUUCACUGCAGGAAGUUAGUGACCACAGUCUCUUUAGCUUGGACCGCUAUACAGGACAGAUAAGGACCCUUCGCUCAUUCACAGAAACAGACGAGGCCCAGCAUAAACUGCUCAUACUGGUCAAAGACAAUGGGAACGUUUCACUCUCAGCAACAGCGACUGUGAUUGUCAAAGUUGUGGAGCCCAAAGAGGCUUUUGCUGCUUCUGAUGUUAAACACACAGUAAAAGAUGAGGAGGAAAACAAUGUGAUAUUUUAUUUGAUCAUCACUUUGGUCUCGGUUUCAGUGCUUUUUGUCAUCAGCAUCAUCGUGUUGAUUGUAAUGCGGUGCUCUAAAUCGACAGACUAUUCGUCCAAGUAUUUACAGGACACAAAUUACGACGGGACUAUGUGUCACAGCAUCCAGUACAGAUCUGGAGACAAACGGUACAUGUUAGUUGGACCCAGAAUGAGUAUCGGCUCUACUUUAGUCCCGGGCAGUAAUGGAAAUACUCUAGUGAUACCAGAUCGCAGGAGGAGAGAUUCUGGAGAGGCCUUUCAUAUCUUGCAGCCAGGUUUGAACAUCUCUGAUUAG